AUGACAGAGUACAAGCCCUUUGACCUUCCAGUGUCCUGUGUCAUGUUCACAGCUGUACUGCAGAACUUAUCGAGGCUCCGCUUCCCGAGCGGCCACCCGGCGGUGGGAGGCAGCGGGCGGCAGGUAGAGCCCUGCCCGCCCCCUCAGGGCGGCCGCCAUUUGCCCGGCACCUCCCCUCAGCGGAGAGCUCUUCCUCGCUGCCAUGCGCGGGGCGCUCCUGCGCAUGCGCGGCACCGCCCGACCGUUGGGCGCCCGCUCCGGUUCAAACGGCCGCUGAGGGAGUGGGCGGCUCGUGUGGGAGCGGAGCGGAACCGGAGCCGAUUCGGAGCGGAACCGGAGCCAAAACGGAGCCCUGUGGAAACGCAGAUGGCUUUUUCUUCGAAGAAACAAUGUGUUGGUAAAACACUAGAGCCAGAGUUCAACGAAGAUCCUAAUUUUAACUUUACCUCCAGUAUUCCAGCAGAUGGUGUCUUCAAAGCUACUAAUCAAGGGAUUCCUAAAUCUGCCAAGAAAGCGGAGCCACUUCUGAAGAAGACUGCUACAAGAGGGCCUCUGAACAGACACAAACUAGAAGCAGAGCUGAAGGCCAAGAAUCAGCUGCUAGAAACAGCCAAGCAGCAGUUACACACCAGACUAACAGGAGCACAGAGCACUAUAAAGGAAUUAAAGGAGAAGAAUGAAGGCCUGGUACAAGAAGUCGAGAAGCUCAAGAAGUUUCAGGAGACGUGCAUGGUCAUUUUAGAAAGCAGAAACAUUGAUCCUGUUACAGGCAGCAACAUUGUGGAGGAGGAAGAAAAGACGAGGGAAUGCCAGAAGCAGACAACGCUGUUGACUGAGAAGCUCCUGGCAGAACUGAGGGUAUUUAAUGAAGCAGCUGAAAAAGAAAAGGAAGCACUUCAGAUGGCAACGGCUAAGUGGAAACUGGCAGAAGAAACGAGGCAGCAGUCCCUGGAGAAGCAUUCUUCCUUCCAAGCAGAAAUGCAGGAAUGUUCAGCAAUACUCACUGAGCUGGAGAAGCUCCUGGCUGCGUGAGGCACAAGAAUGGACUGCGCUGCCUUUCCUUGUUUUACUUCUAGUUCAGCGGUCUCUACCCUCAAGCCUGGUCCCUGUGUCGGGUCCAAAACAGUGAGCUGGGCAGGCUCCUGAGCAAUCCCUGGUGGAACAGCACCUGCAGUGUGGGAACCAGGCAGCAGCACUGGUGAAGUGCUCAGAGCUCCUAUCUUUCCAGUGGGGCUUAUCCUGGAAUCUUUCUGAGUUAUUUUUUAAGUGUUAAUAAAGUGUUUUCGAUUAAAUCUUUCA